AUGGACUCGACAGGAACUGAGAACGGAAACGACUCUAACGACUUCGCACUCGUGUCAGGAUUCUACGGCCCCGGUGCAAUAGGAUGCUGGUACUACCUCAUCACCUUAUUUGCCGUGAGCUGGGCCUUCAAUCCCGAGGAAACCCGGCGUAUGCGCUGCCCGACUCCCGAUUUCGCAGCGAUGAUGCUCUACCCCGUCGUCGCCAUUGGACAUCUCGUCAUCCAGAUUCGUCACUUCCCCCCGGAACACUCUGACUACCUCGCUGCAAAUCUCGCCAAUGCGAUCAAGCGUUGGGGCGGACUUGAUGGGGCUGUUUUGCCGCUCGCCCCAGGGAGGAAAUCCUGGUACCAAAUCGACGCGUCAAGUGAGCUCCGCAAGCAGCUAUAUCCUCGCAUUGUUGCAAUGAAUCUGGCUUUGCGAGUGGCCGACAUCUUCAGCGAUCUCUGCUUGCUCUUCAUCCUGAGGAUCUCGCUCGGGGCUCUCGUUCGUCAUCUGCAAUCACGCAACCCGAGACGAACCCCCUGGUUGGUGCUUUACUCCUCUAUUGCCGGCCUCCUCUGGUCUUGGGUUUCCAAGAUUCUCUUAGCGUCCCUAAUAUGGCACGAGAGGGAGGUAAGUCGGAUCACAUGGUCUAUGGGACCUCGGUGGUCGCGUCUCAUGAUGUGGGCAAUUGGUCUUCCAGUCUGGUAUUACAUGCUCUGGCGAUGGUACAGGAGUCUUACUUCAUAUCUUGGACUUUCAGUCAACGAAAACAAGGCUUCAAGACAUCGAGGGAAUUUUUCAAUCCUCGGCCUGCUCACGAUUGUAGCUUGUUCGGUGGUAGUCAUCAUCGGUCCAAUAUGCUAUCGCGGCACAUAUUUCUACACGAUCUUCCCUUAUCAAUUCUACCUGCCCGAGACGGGGUUUUCCAUCGCUGAAUUAGACCAGGCGGCUGCUCUUACUAGUGGAGCUGUGGCGUUUCUCCUGAAUGCUUUGCGAAUAUGGAAUGCGAAGAGGCAACCGGUCUGUACGGCCGAUGAUGACGGAGAAUGA